GGGGAAGGCCAAGGCAAGGCCCUUGAUAAAUUCUAAAGAAAUGGAUUGUCUUUCUCUCUUACCUAUUUGCACCAGCCAAAUUAAGUACAUACAGAUCUUCCUAGCAAUGAGCAGAGAUGGGAUUCAUCCUCACUUUUCUUCUCCACGGAAGCACCAGGUCAUUUUAGCACACUUCUUCCCAGUGAGUCCCUUGAGUCCUUGUACUGGGAGGGAGAUGGAAUAUAAAUAAACAGAACAAUAAUAACAAUGCAAGAAGGUCUUUGCAAAUCCCACCAUUCUUGAGAUCUAUUCUCAGGCACAAAAUUCACACAAGGAUGUUGUCUGCAGAUAACAGGAUUUCCUGCACAGAAUCUAUGCACUUUCCUGCUCAAACUAUGCAGCUUUCUGUGCAAAUCAGACAUGUAUAAAUUUCACCUCGAGCGUCCCCAGUUCCAACAUCUUUUGCACACAAAAUAAUAUUGCAGCAGAAAACUGUAGUUGGAAUGGGACCCGUGGCCAUCAGUCCAAGCUCCUGCUGUUUCCUUUGCAGAAAAUAUCCCUAACUCAUCUGUCCAAGAUUGUUCUUUAAAUUCCAAUUUCCUAUGUGGGAAAAAGAAGAUGUGGCAACCAGAUGCAUGGCCAACAUUGCUGGCUGCACUGAACUGCAAAGCCAGGCCUUGAAGGCUUAACUGUGCAAAAGGCCUGGGCCUGAAUGGAUAAAUCUGUCAAGGCCAGGAUUUCCUACAUUUGAAUGGCAUCGCUCUCAGAUUCUUUCCAGUCUGGGCAGGAAGAAAUAAAUUCUGAUUAAAAAAUAAACCUGAAACGAAACUCCCGCCCACCUCUAGCAACAGCUGCUGAACAGCGAAUGCUAAAUGGGGUGACGUCCCCAUCCGGCGCAUGAGUUAACAAUGUCGAGCAACAGCAGAAAAAGGAACAAAGAGCAUGUAUUUCUGGGCUGCGUCCAUAAAACUAGAUAAAGGGAACAUGCUUGGUUGAAUAGCUGUGUUGGCCAUGUAACCAACGCAAACAGAAAUCCACCAGUGAUACCUUUCCUGGCCGACCGAAAUGCACAAUAGACUUGUAAAGAAGCCCAUGGAGCUUCGAAAGCUUGCAACGAGUACAUUGUGCAUUUCAGUCGGUUGGCCAAUAAAGGUCUCAGGGAUGGAUAAAGGAAAGGGAGAGAAGCAACCUCUUUUGCUUUGCUCAUAUCCCACCUGGAAGACUGUGUCCAGUUCUGGGCAAUGGAGUUUAAGAGGGAUAUUGACAAGCUGGAAUGCUUCCAGAGGAAGGCAACCAAAGGCCAAGUAUAGUGUCCCCCCAAAUAAGUGGCGGGUUCUAGACUGUGGAUGGUCCAAACCUUGGUUCUAGUGCAAACAGAUAGAACAACAUCUGGCCCUUUCAGCACUAAGGGGUUUAUCACACUGGGGCUGGAUUCGGCAUUAAAGAGAAAUUAAAGCGCAUUUAAAGCCUCCCGCAAAUGAAGUGGAAAUUGUGAGUAAUUGCGCAAAUGACGAUCACACGCAAAGCGAUAUUGGAAAUGCAUUGUUGCUGAAAUCCCGAAAGUAAAAAGAUGUGUGUCGAUGCUUCUUCGGGACCACUUUAAUGGCGUGUUUGGUGCGACGCUGUGUGAAAUCGUUCCGCGUCAUUACGCUACUAAUUUCUUCUAAUAAACAUCCACUUGGGUAGCGAGAGUGAAGGCUGCAACUCUAGCAGCGUUUGAGGAUUGAAUAGCCCCUGAAGAAGACCCUCUGCAUGAAAUACCUCCAAGUCCCAAGAAGCCCUGCUCAGGUCUUGCAAACUCAGGAGUUGAAGCCUGCAGUCUAUAAAAGAAUAAAUUUUCUAAGAAUAAUAAUUUUCUAAGAAUAAUAAUAAUAGUGCUACUAAUUUCUUCUAAUAACCAAAUGUCCACUUGGGUAAAGAGUGAAGGCAGCAACCCCAGCAAGGUCUGAGGAUUCACUAGCUCCUGACGGUGAUAAAGCCAAAAUGUGUUGGGAUUGUCUCACAAACAGAAAGUUUUGACCACUGCGUCACACGUGGGCCUUUGGCUCCUCUCCUCCUUCUGCUGUGAUAAUGUGCGUUCCAAAUUUGUUGUUGUGUCGCUCCUGCCAAGGAUGGGGAGAGAGGUAUUUCUGGCAUUUGGGGCUUCGUGAGCCAGAAUAACUUGGCCGUGUUUGGGCACUCUUCACCUUGAAAGGCAAUAGUGGUGGUGAAUGGUAUUUGCAACUCGGUCUGAAGUUACGAAUGAGGCUGGGGCUUGAGCAGGUUGCUAUAUGGAAGGAAAGGGAGAUUUGGAAACGUCUCCAAGGACUACACAGGAAUAUGCAACUGCAAUGUUCCUGACAGAGGCCCAACAGUGAUUCUCAAAUUUUGCUCCUCCGGGUGUUUUGGACUUCAGCUCCCAGAAGCCCCGGCCAUAUUGGCCGACGGUCAGGAAUUCUGGGAGCUGAAGUCAAAAACACCUGGAGAACCAAAGGUUGGGACUCGCUGGUUGAAAGCCUACUUGAAACCUCUGUUCAAAGAGACCCCAAGGGCCAUCCAGUCCAAUGGUCUCCAAAGAGGUCUUUAAUGGCCACCUUCUCCUCCUCCUCGGCUCAAAACUGAUAGCAGUUUGUUUGAUUUUUCUUUCACGAAACAGUUUGCAAAAGGCAAAAACAAGUCAGCUCAGCCAAAUGCAAGGAGAUAAGGCUGGAGAAGAUAGCAACAUCAGCCUUUUAUUUGCACCGGGCCCCUUCGCCUUUCAAAAGAUAAGACCCAGAUGCUUGGCCAGUUCAAGGAAACCUCUUGAAAUGAGCUUGGCACCACUAGGGUUGGCAUCGCCGGGUAUGAUAGCGCAUGGGGUUACAUGCCCCCAUUGAUCUCCUUCCAUCCCUCACCAUGUUGUUGUUGUUAUUGCUGUUGUGUGCCUUCAAGUUGUUUCUGACUUAUAGUGACUCUAAGGCAACCCUAUCAUGGGGUUUUCUUGGCAUGUUGCUUCAGAGGGGAUUUGCCAUUGCCAUGUUCUGAGGCUGAGAGAGUGUGACUUGCCCAAGUGGGUUUAUAUGACCGAGCCUGGAUUCGAUCCUUGGUCUCCAGAGUCAUAGUCCAAUGCUCAAACUCAUAUUGGCUUUUCUUCUGGGGAGGUUAAAGCAAAACAGGGUUGCCGUCCGAACUGCACACCUUCUUUAAAAUGAGAAUUCUUGUGCACCGUGCUUAAAAAUUCUCAUUUUUCAGCCAAUACUUUCCAAACAAGGAGGCAUCAAGAGGAAAGAUCCAGGAGAUGUUUGUGUGUUGCAUCUUCAUGAUUCCCAUCAAUGCAAGGGCAAGGAUCAAGUCUGGGACUUUUUGCAUGGAAACCAUUACAAGGCAGAAAGCAAUACUCUAACACAGUAUUAAAAAAGGAAUAAUUGAACAUGAGCUCAUGGAAACAGAAGUGGGGUGUCUCAUGCUGCCAUACAACUAGCCAAGGGAAUAGAGCGCCACUUUAGAGUUGCGUCAGAGGCAAAUGUUUUCAAAGCUGCGUCGCACCUUUGGCAGGGUGUGUUUGUGCGGAAAUCUCACCCGAACUUCAAACAGCAGAGUGGCGCCAGUUGGUCUCAUAGUCGGAGCGCAUUUCUUGUUCCAACAUGUGCCUCCUCCCAAAAAGGCAUCAGUCCCUGAGCUCUGUUUUUAUUUUUGUCCCAGAGGUCUGGUGGCAUGCUUUAAAAAAAAAUACAGCGUGGCGCAAAACCAUCCAAGAACAGCUUUGCUUUUGCGCCAUUCCUUUCUGAAUCGCUCGCCAUUGCCUGCUGGAUGCUUUGGAACGGAGUCCACCAAAGAGCGAUGCCUUUAUUUGGCCAGCCAAAAUACAUCGUGCAAGCUUUCAAAGCUCCGCUGGCUUCUUCAUCGGGCAAAAGAGGUUUAAAAAUCAUCCUGGAGCGGCUUUAAGUGUGUAGAGAGAUCUUGUAGCACCUUUGAGACUAAAUGGAAGAAAGAAGUUGGCAGCACCAGCUUUAGUAGACUUCCUCAGAUGCAUUUGGACUGCUUUGAGUGCUGUAGCUCCAUCCGAUAGAAUGUCAAACUGCAUUAUUUCUACAGUGUGGAUGCCUAUGUUAGAGUCAUAGGCCUCUUGGCUCCCACCUUUUCUGUUACGUGGUAGAAGUUAGGUGUUUCCCGGCUAACCUCUUCGUCACAUCCUUGACUUCUGCUCCACUUCUGGUUCUCCUUUGGAUGGCUGUUCUCCAUUCGAUGUGGUGACUCAAAGGAUUUUGCUCUUCUGCCAUGAUUAUGGAACAUUAUGUCCAAUUCUGGGCAUCACAAUUCAUGAAGGAGGUGGAGAAGCUGGAGCAUGUCCAGAGGAGGGACACCAGAAUGGUGAAAGGUCUGGAAACCAUGCCUUAUGAGGAGAGACAUCGGAAGCUGGGUACAUUCAUCUUGGAGAAGAGAAGGUUAAGAGAUUAUCCUCUGGGGACGAACCGAGAAGUGCUUGAAGGAAACUAUGGAAGAGAUCCAAGCCAUGGGGACCGAGUGCCACUACUUCGUCUGUGAUGUGGGAAACCGGGAGGAGGUCUACAGACAGGCCAAAGCUGUCCGUGAAAAGGUGGGGGACAUCACCAUCCUUGUGAACAACGCAGCCGUCGUCCACGGCAAGAGCUUGAUGGACAGCGAUGACGAUGCCUUGCUGAAAUCGCAGCACAUCAACACGCUGGGACAGUUCUGGACGACUAAGGCCUUUCUGCCGCGGAUGAUGGAGCUCCAGAAAGGACACAUUGUUUGCCUCAACUCCGUCUUGGGCUUAUCGGCCAUCCCGGGGGCCAUCGACUAUUGCACUUCCAAAGCCUCCUCCUUCGCUUUCAUGGAGAGCUUGACGCUGGGGCUGCUGGACUGCCCCGGGGUGAACGCAACCACCGUCUUGCCCUUCCAUACCAGCACAGAGAUGUUCCAAGGCAUGCGGAUCAGGUUCCCCAACCUCUUCCCCCCUUUAAAGCCGGAGACGGUGGCCCAGAGGACGGUCGAAGCCGUUCAGCAGAACCAAGCUUUCCUCCUCCUUCCGUGGACGAUGCACUUUCUCAUCAUCUUGAAAAGCAUCCUUCCGCAGGCCGCUCUUGAGGAAAUCCACAGGUUUUCUGGGAGUUACACCUGCAUGAACACUUUCAAAGGCCGCACCUAGGCACCACCUUGAACUCGGCACACGAAGCAGGCGCCGUCCUGGAGGCGGCCUCCGGAGGCCAGCUGUGGCCACGCGUUCAAGUCUUGCUAGCCGCCACGACUGCGGCGAGAGCCCCAGCGAUGCUGAAGGACAGGACAGCUCCGUUGUGGCAAGGCAUUAAAAACCCUGGGGACUCUUGGGUCUAAUACUUUAGGGAUUGAAUGUUCCCAUUUGCAAUGUAGUUGUUAAAAGCGUUUUCAGUUGUACUCCAAACUGGGUGCAUCCCAUUGCAGUUCCGCCUGCUAACCAAGAAUUUUUUAGGGGGUGGGAAGUAUCCCCUUCUUCCCUUUCCCUCCUCCUUUGCUUCUUAAAAGGUUUACUCUCUUUGGGAGAUUGGUGAGAUUAAUCUCUGCUUUGCCAUCGCUGUCCAUGGAGACUCCCAUUUUGUUCAAGCGAUGAAAUCUGGAUCUCCAGCUAAAUCUUUGUGGCUUCCAAAUCCCAAAAAAAGGCUAUGGACUGUUACUUUUUGCAAGGGAUGCCUUGCAGCAGGUCUGCUCCCUUUUCCUUGGAGAGAAACAACUAGCCUCCGUUGUUUUGUUUGCGCAGGAUAGUCUAGGAUCGGAUAUAGGAUGUGCAUUGGAUGCUUGGAGUCAUUCCAUCGAUGGAAACAGGGGACCUGUGGUUUAUUUUUACUAGGUCUGCUCUAAAUAAGGCUAAAUCUGGAUCCAGUUCCUAGGUUUGUAGAGGAGGAACCGCUUCCUUUGGUUGCUGCUUCAGGCAACAAUGAAAUGCAACACCCGGAUCACAACGCAGUCCUUGCAAAAAAACAACAACACAAAAGCAGAUUCUGGGUACCUUCCUUGUUUUGUUCAUUGCCCAUGACAUAAAGUACUCCAGGAUCCAUCAUUUUGGGGCAAUAGCGCUUGAAAGUCUUCUUCAUAACGGGCACAUUUUCCAUAUAAAAGAGACUAGGGGUUUCUUUUGGGGGGAGGGGGGGUUGCAAGGAAAUGCAAGUUAAGCUCAAUGGCUAAAUGUGGAUUUUGAAGAGUUCUUUUAGGCAGGUGCACAAAACGCAAGGUGGGAAGAAUUAAGACGCCUUCAUUGCUUCAAACAAACGGUUCAGGAAGACUUCCAAGAGGAAUCCGGCGUUUUCGGUCGCUCCGGUUUUCACGCCGUUCUUCCAAACAAGCACAAGAAACCCCCGUUAAAGCCUAUAUAAAUGGUUUGCCAAACAGCGCUCCACUGUUGUCUCUGUGCAUGACUCCCAUCUGAAAAUGCAGAGUGCAUUGAUGUAUGAUAAAUCCGCACCGUAGAAAUGAUGCCGUUUGGCACCGCGUGCGCUGCCACGGCUCCAUCCUGCAGAAACCCUGGAAUUUGUUGUUUGGGGAGGCGCCAGUUGGGACUAACAGUAUGAUUUGCAAUUAAUAACCUGCCAGACGUUUGCAAAGCUUGCAUUGGAAAGCAUAUGUGGGUGAGUUCCUUGGGUAUUCCCAACCCAGCGCUGGUGCUUUGUGGAAGGAGAGAUUUCUGGAGGUCGUAUUUAUUUUCAUUUUGGUUUCAUUCUGCUCAGCCAACUUGGUCAAUGCUUCCCUCCCUCCCCUCUUUUAAUUAGAAUGUUUAAAAUGCAAAAAGAAGAGAAA